UAGUUAAAGCUGACACUGUACACCGUUAUAGAAGGAAAAACACCCUACUUAUAGAAUAUUUUGUGAGGAUUACCAAAAGAUCCAAUUCUGUAUAUUUGCGUUUAUUUAAAAAAAAAAGUAUAUACCCAAUGUAUACAUUGUAUUAUGUUCACAAAGAAUUUAUAUUUUUGUUCAAAGAAUACGUCACAUAGAAAUCGCGGAAGUGACAAAUACUCCCCAUUUCCUUCCACUUACAGGAAGACAAAUAUAUAAGUGGGAGAUGACAUCAAACACUAAUGUGAACUGACAUGAAGACUUCAGUUGCUUGUUUGAUGUGAAAAGAUAUCAAACACAACUUAGUAGCUGAAAUGGACGGACUAAACGGAACAAAUCAGAGUGAUGACGACGUACUCCUGGAUAUAUACACGCUCAAUAGUCUCCGUGCCGAGUUCCUCUCGACGAACACCGUGAUCUUGUAUAUAUAUCUAGUUAUCGGGGUGACAGGGAACUUCCUAGUAUUCUACGUCUACAAGUUUUGUAUUACCAAACACCGAACGGACCGUUUUUUCAUCCCUUAUCUCGCAGUCUCGGAUGCGUUAUCGUGUGUUAUUGGAAGCGGAUUCGCCAUUGCGUUAAACGUCCUUCCCAUCCGGUUCUCAGGAGACGGUCUCUGUAAAAGUAUGUGGUUCAUAACUAAAUGGUCCACUCUAGUUUCGGCCCUGAUGCUGCUUCUGAUUGCUGUGGAGCGCUAUAAGAAAGUAUGCAAGCCAUUUGGAAACCAGAUGACACCUUUAGCCAAACAACUGGCCGUGGUGAUGCUUAUCGUGACGUCGGCUGUGUUGACUUUUCCAACUAUAUUUUUCCAUGGGGAAAUUGAGUUCGUUGCGAGGGGAACGUCCCACCUCGUAGGACACCGGUGCGGUAGAACCACAUUUCUAAGUGGAUUAGGCACGUAUUUUACGGUGUAUAAUGGCAUCCUUGCCGCUUGUGCUGUAACGGGCAUCAGCGUUGUCACAAUCUUGUAUUAUUUCGUUGGAAAAACCAUAUACAAACAAACAAAAUUUCGAAGUCGUUUCGCCUCCUCUCCAAGGAAAAGCUUUGCUCCAAUUCCACCCAAAUCCGACUCAGGCGUGGUAUCGGAUGGAAAUGACGAUGUUUUCGACGAUGACACAGAUAAGGACGUUUCUGGAGAUAAGAAGCGUAAAGAUUCCUCAGAAUCGUUCUACUCCACGGAUGAUGAUCUGGGGGACACAGACGCACCAGUACCAAGACCAAGAACUGCUAACCAACCACGGAGGAAAAGCAUAGUCAGCCGUGUCUACACGGUCAAGCAGAUUCUGAAAAAGUUUAAGAUUUCAAUUCUAUUUAUGUGCAUUACCUUUGUCUUUAUUCUAACAUUUACACCGAGACUGGUCAUUAUGAUCCUGGAGUCGUCGAACACAGAAUUUUGGACUGGACUCUCGGACAAUGAAAUAAGAGUGAACUUGUUUUUCUACAGGUUUUACAUAGUUAACAAUAUCGUGAACCCAUUUCUUUAUGCAGCGUUUGAUCACAGAUUUACUGAAGAAAUUAAGAAGCGGUUACCGUGUUUUCGAAAAUUAUAACGAUUUCAUGUACACUAGAAUUUGAGUUGUUAAAAAUUAUGAUUUUAGUAUCAUCAAGAAAAGAAAUCCUAUCAAAAAUACACGUAUUAACACGUACACUCACAGACAUAUAUCCACUCAAAUAAAUGACAAAUGUGAAACAGUGUGAAUUCAAAAGUACUCACAAAAAGACCGGAGAUGCCGUGUCGCGAUAGAUGUUGGCACGUUAAAGACCCUUACUGACAUGGCCUUGUGAGCCAUAGGUCUAAUUAUAUGUGAGCUCGAAAUAAAGGACACCACAGAGUCGUCCACUUCUGCUUCAUA